AGCUCAGGCUAAGACCCUCAGCAAUCAGUAUAAAAGCAAGACAAAGUGUCUAGCACCCUCAUUCAAGUUCUACAGCUUGCGGCACCAACGACUAACCGUAAGCGUACAAACUAUCUCUGCUACAAGUAUCAAUCCCACGAAUAUGGAACGGAAUCCUCGCUGGCUAACACUUAGCAUUCUUUUGCUAUUCGCCCAACUGGCUCGCUUGGAAUCAGUGUAUGACCAGUCCUGCCGUCCAGGGGACUCAGGAUGCCCGGCAGACCGGGGGCAUCGUAUGAUGGAAGAUCGUGGCGCUGCUUUGGAGGAAUACGAUGAGCAUUUGGUCUAUAGACAGGUUAGCGAGCCAAAGGACGUUCGUCGCCGCGAGCAAAUUCCGGAGGAUGAACGUGCUGUCCGACGAGUAGAUGAGCGACGAAAUGAGCUGUCUCGACGUGAAGAAGAUGCGUCUCGUCGACAAGUUCGAGAAGAUCGCAGCGACUCACGAAACGUUGAAAUCUUACGACGUCAAGAGCAACGCGAAAUGUUCCGUCAAGAAGAACGUGAAGGAGAGCAACGUGAAAUGUCCCGCCGAGAAGAGUUGAGUCGUGAAGACCGUUUGGAAAUGGAAGCCCGAGAGCAACGAGUUACGUCUCGCAGUCAAGAACGAGAAAAUCGGGAUGCCUCUUUGGAGAAGCGUAUGGCAGCACGAGAGCACCGAGUAACCUUACAAAGGCAAGAAAUAGAAGGUCGCGAAGACCCCUGGGAAAACCGCAUGGAAGCACGAGAGCAACGAGUUACGUCUCGCAGGCAAGAGCGAGAGCAGCGAGUUACAUCGCGAAGGGGAGAAAACCGAGAACGUCAUGAAAACCGUAUGGAAAGCCGCAGAGAAGACCAUAAAGACCGUGUGGAAAAUAGAAGAGACAUGUCGCAAGGUGAGGAGCGCCGGCAGGAACGUGAAACUCGUGACGAUCAAGAGCAGCGAGUAGAAAGGCGUGUAAGCCGCGAAGUUGUUCGACGAGAAGAGCGCGAUGAGUCACGCAACGAACGGAUGCGUGAAGCUCGCGAGGAAAAUCAAACACGACGUGAGCAGCAUCAGAUGAGACGUGACGAGCGUGAUAUCUCUCGUAGACAAUUUGAAGAUAAUCGUAUUGAAGAACUGGAAAGUCGCAUUGAUAUGCGCCUGAAUCGUGAGAACAUGCGUCGUAGCGAGGAGCGUGAUAGUCUCCGACGAGAGCGAGCUGUGGAUGAGCGAAGGGAUAAUCGGGACAGCAUGGUACGUGACGAAAUUUCUCGCAGGGAAGCAGUACGUGAAGUACGAAAUAUUGAGCGCAGACAAGAGCAAGAUCGCAAUGAGCAGCGAGAGGAGCUGCGUCGUAUGGAUGAGCGAGUAAAUAUGCGACGAGAGGUGCAAGUUCCUCGUGAAGAUCGCGCACAGCCCGAAGAACGUAGAUCUGAGCGACUGAACAGGCGAGCCGAAGAGUCCAGGCGGAACGAAGUGCGACGUGAGAAUCGCCGAGAGCAGAGCGACAUCACACGAAGAGACGAGCGUGAGGAGCGCGAAGAGCGUGCGGAAAGAUUGGACGACCGCCAAAACAUGCCAAGAAGAGAAGCUUCCAGACGGUAUGCAGAGCGUAAUGAGAGAGAAAAUGAAGCACUCGAACGCCGCUGGUCCCCAAUCACCAUGCCGAUGAAACCAAGCACUGAGUACGGCAAGCAAGGUCUGUUCCUUGCUGGCCAGGCACUGUUGCUGCUCUUUCUGUACUCCAAGAUGGGCAAUAACUCAAAGGGAGCAAACAUAUGCAGCAGCAUUGGCGAGCGUAUUCAGAGCUUCUUGCAUCCCGUUGAAUGUUAAGGCGCUGAAUGGAUGAAGCAAAGCAAAGCUGUUGACCUGAACUGCAAUGAAAGUACCUAACGCGUGAAUCCAGAUGAUGUCUGUAAAUGUAAAUGUAAAUUUAAAUGCAUUGUAAACUUUAAUCCAAAUCAAAUAUUAUACCAAACGCAAAUAUAAGCAACACUUUAUUG